AUGAAUGACCCUAAAGCUCUCCCCGAAACGGAAAAAUCACGGACAAGCUCUGAUGCCCCGGCAUGCCUCAGGCGGAUCCUCGACCUCAAACAUAUACCUGUCAGGGCGGUCCAAAAACCCCCUCCGGUACUUCGGACAACGGCCGGACGUCAGCAACUGAUUCCGACAGGACCAGUCACAGGCAUAUCGAAAGAACUGCUUAUUGCCGCGCACAUCAGGCACACGAACGAUCAUGUCAUUGAUGCGACUGGCGUAGUUGAGGCAAUCGGCGCAAUAAGCGACCGGAUCUGGAUCUGGGACAGACCAGUGUUUGGAGUAGAGGAGGAUACCUGGCAGGCUGUCAGCGAAAACCACCCGUUCGUCCAGAGGGCAUGUUGA